AAGACAGAGAGAAAGACAGAGAGAGAGAGAAAGAAAGAAAGACAGAGAUGGAAAUGUUGCCUUAAAACUUUCUGUCCUGGAUAUCCUUAUAUUUAUCUUUUAAUUAUUAUUCUCUCAAAAAGGGUGUAUUUUUUUUGUGGGGGGGAAGGGGGGGGUUGUGUGUUGGGAGUGGAGAGAAAGAAGACGAUCGGAAUUAUAUAUCAUAUAUAUAUAUAUAUAUAUGUGUGUGUGUGUGUGUUACACAUAAAUAUAUAUUCGAUCUUUUUUUUUUGCUAAAAUUAUUCAAACCAAAUGAAUACAAAGCCAUUCGCCGCGAUGACGGUUCCAGGAAUCGACAGUCGGCGCUUAAAGAAAUUCCUUCGGAAACAGACGGGUCGGAGUCUGGUCGUCGACUGUCGCCCUUUCCUCUCCUUCACCGCUUCCCACGUCCAGGGGUCGUGCAACGCGAACCUCAACUCGGUGGUGGUCCGAAGGUCGAGAGGGGGAGCGGUGCCUCUGCGGUUCGUCGUCCCGGACGAGAGAGCCCGGAGUCGGCUGCGGGACGGGAGGGUGUCCGCUGUGGUGCUGGUGCUGGGAACUCGCCAACAGAGCCAUCACACGGCCACCAAGGACCAGGACAGCACCGUCCAGAUCGUCAUGAACACACUCAGCACCAGCGCGUCUGCGGGGGUCAAGGUCUACCUGCUCAAAGGAGGCUAUGAAAACUUUCACUCCCAAUAUCCUGAGUGUUGCACGGAGCUAAAGCCUGGCCUGAACUACAGCAGUGUGCAAGAGUUGAAGGAACCGGUUUCAAGCCCCAUCGACGUGCCUGAAGACACCAAGCGCAGGCCAGCCUAUGACCAGGGCACACCUGUUGAAAUCCUACCUUUUCUAUACUUGGGUAGUGCUUACCAUGCCUCCAGACUGGACUUCCUGGAUGAUCUCUGCAUCACUGCUUUGUUGAAUGUCUCCCGUAACUGUGCAGAGUACUUCAAAGGCAAAUAUCUUUAUAAAUUCAUCCCAGUGGAAGAUAACGCAACUGCAGACAUCAGUUCCUGUUUCCAGGAAGCCAUCGACUUCAUAGAUAAUGUGAGACAAGAAGGAGGGAAGGUCCUGGUACACUGUGAGGCAGGCAUCUCCCGUUCCCCCACAAUCUGCUUGGCUUACCUAAUGAGGAGCAAGCAGCUACGACUGGAGGAAGCCUUCGAUUACAUCAAGCAACGAAGAGCUGCCAUUUCACCCAAUUUUGGCUUCAUGGACCAGUUGCUGCAGUACGAGUCUGAGGUCCUCUCUCUCGCUCCCAGCUCCCCCGUCAAACCAUGCUCCACAGAGGAAAUGACCUACAACAAUAGUUUGGAGAGCUCGGUUUACACUUUCCCCAGUACUCUUUUGGACACAGUACCAAUACCGUCGUCGGUCCACCAAUUUGAGUUCAGCCCAAUAAAAGUGUCUCUCUCAUGCUGAAAUAACAGGGCAUCAGAAACUCUGCACUGAUGGAAGGAAUCUUGAUGUUGAAUUGCAAAAGCUUUUAAGUGAUGGGAAACAUAGACCAUGUCUGAUUUUAAGCUUUGUGGUUUUUUAUAAAUAUAUAAAGAAAUGAUCCAAUACAGUAGUGCAUAUCAAGCGUAAUAACUGUCUAAGCUUCGUAACUGCCCAUGUGUAUCAGUGCAUCUUCUGCAUCAGAGCUGAAGAUGGCUUCAUCUCAUUAGCACAAGCAGGUGGGUGUUUUGCCAACUGUCUUGUGCAGAUACAUAUACAUGUACUGUGUGUGUUUGUGUGUCUGUGUGUCGGGUGGGGGGGAGGGAUGGAGGGUAGAGUCUUUCACUGUCUGAUGUAUUUUGAAAUCUUUUGAGUAAGACCAAUGAGAAAUUGAUAUCAACCAAAGAGGUGGUAACAUUGCCCACACUUUUUACAUUGAUAACAAUUCAGGUGCCAAUUCAGAGCUUUGUAUCAUUGUCUUUGUAGCAAGCAUUUGCAUAAACAGUCUACUUUUAUGUGCGUCCUGUUGAGAACGUGUAAUAAGUGUUGCCGGUGUAUUCAAAGAAAGAGCGAUAAUGCAAAGUGUGGAGUGCAGCAGUUAGAAAUCUAUUGUUUGUCUGGAUCUACAGUCAUUGAUGGGUCAUUAAUUGGCUAAAUCAUGCUCUUUAUUGUUGCUCAUCCUGGCCUUGGCACAUCUGCCAAAAUCUCCCGUAGUCAUUUACCAGAAGGGACCACUUGGGUGUAUUAUUUCUAUCUGAAUUCCAUUCCCUGUCUAGAGAGAUGCUGCAAGAAUUUGGUUUGAGUUUCUCUGUCCACUAUGGGAAUCGAGCCAUGGAAGAAAUCCAGCUUUCCUUCCCCCUGCAGUAUGAUAAUCGACCAAUUCAUCCCUUAUACCCAUUGAAGGCUUGAGGUUGAUUAGAUGUUGGACAUGUCUACACCUCCACGUCUACCUGGUUUAUCAGGUGUAUCUCAUCAGGGACAGUUUAAUCCAAGGGAGAUCCCACUUAACUACCGACCACGGAAGGGUGCAUUUUAAGACCGAUUCACUCAUUUUAUCGACCUCGGCAGGAUGAAGGGCUAAGAGGACUCACCAGGGUUCAAAGCCCCCAUUUUUCCAAUCCCGAGUCUCGACUAAAUGAGCGACCUGGAAUAUUACUUUUAAUCUUAUAAUACAAGUGGUUUGUACAUUGCCAUUUUCUGGGUUUAAAGUUUGUGCACCUGACGCGUCGAACCUGAAUCAAACAUGUACACUUACGUCAUUUUUACUUCAUCCAGCUUUGCGAGCACAUCGGCACGCAACUACCUCUGGAAGUUGGACGAGACUUUAAAAACAAGCUUAAGACAAAUGCUGGUGCCUUGCUCUAAUUCUAAGGCUUUAAAUGAUUGUUGAAUCCCACGUCUCUGUGUCGUCAGCCUUUCUGAUUUGCAUGCAUCCAAGCUAACUGAGUUUAUACUAAAUGCAGUUCAAUUCAUUGCGUCGUUUGUCUCAGGAUUUUGUGAAGUUACUGUAUAAAGUCUGAGCUGUGUAAAUAUUUCAGGGAUUGUUGCAAUUGUCCUUUUGUGUCGGAGCAAUAUGGAAACAUAACGAUACGGGUGGAGGUUUUAUUGGUAUGUUUUACUGUACAGUGUUAAUAAAAUUUUUAAAUUGAAAAAUA